GUUUUAUUUUCAAAUUUACGUGGGAUGCACGGAGUUCAAGAAGCACGUGCCGAAUUCAGUUUACCCCUACGACGUCGAUCCGCCCACGUACAACAUCGAACACUGGGUGAAGCAGUUACAUCUUCAACAAUGCGCCUUUGUGGAAGUUGGAGAUAAAUACUACGCUAUGUUCGUGGAAACGAGACCGAGAAAGUACGACAAGGAGCAUCAGAUCCGUGAGUACUUCUUAGGCCUCUGCGACGAUGACACUCUAAGCAGAUGGUCCUUCUGUCCAUCCAACCUGCAAGAGAAACGCUCGGCCGAUUGUGACCUCCGCACCAACAACAUGUACGGAACUAGGGUCCACAGGAGGCUGUGCGACGUGACGCUUCUCUCGUUGAAAGCACAACAAUGCGACUGCAACAGCGACCUAUCCGACUCGAAGCUGUUCAAAGUGCAGGGUUUUCCCACUUGUUUCAAAGCUCCCUUACCUGACAGCCUGUGCGGAGAUAAUAACGUUUGCGGAUUAGCCGCCUGCAAACCGGAAACGAUUAAUAAGCGGAUACACAGCGUUGUUUGCGAUCCCGAAUGCCAUCAUCGGCAACCGUUUUGCGAGCAACCUGGUAAAAGAUCGUCUCUGCCGAGGGAGGUUCAUUCCUUCUGGACGGACUGGUCCAACCCCUUCUGCACAGACGUCAGCUGCAUGUCCCAGUUUGAUGAAGCCACGUGUAUCAAUAAACUUACAGGCGAAGGCGACGUCGACUGUUUAGGACCGGGAACUAGUUGUUGCCCGGAAGAUUUGCAGAAUUGCCGGUGCCACAUCUAUGAGGAGGACGGCGUUUCCAAGGUUUUCAGGACCUUCUCCAUUCCACCACCAGAAUUAGUUGAAUACAUGAGCGAGGAGGACUUCAUCAAUUCAAUACCGCUUCGCUACUUGAACAAGGAGGAAUACCACAAAUAUCCUUACAACAGUCCGAGAACUGUUAGAGCAAAUGCCGGGAGGGCGAUGAAAAAGGCGUUCCUGAAACUGUACGACCAUAGGCCUAUCAAAUUCGGGAAUACCCACAACCGCAAAGACAAGGAGCAGGGCUUCAAACGUCUUAGCUCCAUAAAGAAAAGCGUUAUAAAUCAUUUCAAGACUAAACGAGGUUCGGAUAUUGAAACAACCACACACGUUUACUAUAAAGUGAAUCCGAUCAAAAGACCUAAGCUCAGGAAGAAGAAGAAGCUGAUGAAACUUUUAGAAUUGGAAACGACGCCUACUUAUCUGGACAACGAUGAGUUUUGUGGUAAAGAGAAGACAACGACGCACGACGGAGAAGGACUGUCUCAAGGCUGUGCCGAAGAACUUCACCAAACGGGAAUGCAAUUUUACCGUCGGUGCAGCGAAAACGACGGAGCCGGAGUCUAA